AUGAACAAUCACAUCCUGCUUGAAGGUGUCUCAAAACACUUCUGUGCAACUACGCUACACGGUGAAGUUCACUACGACGUGUUGGGAUAUCUGGAGCUUGUUUCCCUGCACAGUCACACGUGUAAAUAUAGAACUAUCUACAGAACAACAUAUUCGACAACGUAUCAAACGAAGUACCUCUGUUGUUCUGGAUACUCUGCGCUGAGUGCUCGCCUACUUGCAAGAACUCGGGAACGUGUACAAAUCCGGGGCGAUGCCAGUGCUCAUCCGGAUGGACGGGAUCUAGAUGUGCAACACCAUGCAGUGGUGACCGAUUUGGACAGAAUUGCACACAGAGGUGCUCAUGCCGCAACGGAGCUUUAUGCAACCCGGUUACAGGGGCUUGUAACUGCACGGCUGGAUGGCAGGGAACAAACUGCGAUCAGGCAUGUCCAACAGGAACAUAUGGCCUACGGUGCUCCUCCUGCACGUGCAAUAAUGGAGCAUCAUGUGACCACGUCACUGGAGUUUGCACUUGUUCUUCCGGAUAUUACGGAAAAUCGUGAAUGCGAGCAUCGCUGCUCCGCGUGGACUUUCGGUCACAAUUGCAGCCACUCUUGUCUAUGUGACAAAUCGAACACUUUCAACUGCAGUCAUGUGAGCGGUCGUUGUGAAUGUCGACACGGCUGGAGAGGUGCAAUUUGCACGGACACAUGCCCCCACGGUCUCCACGGUCCUAAUUGCAACUUCAACUGCACAUGCCAGAACGGCGGAACAUGUGAUCCUUAUAGGGGAAGUUGCAACUGCCCUCCUGGGUUCAUUGGUCAAGACUGCGAGAAAACUUGCCCGGCAAAUACGUAUGGUUUCAGAUGUGAACAAAAGUGCACAUGUGUUAACAGUGGAUUGUGCAAUCCUGUUGAUGGGACAUGCACUUGCAUUGGGCAUUGGGCCGGUCGAGAUUGUGAGAAACCCUGUUUAGACGACUGGGAGUACUGGAAUGGAACUGCUUGUAUUGCAUGUCCUUGUGAGAGAAUAAACAGCCGAAGGUGUAAUCAGAGUAGCGGUGAGUGUGAGUGCUUGGAUGGUUGGGCACAGCCAUCGUGCCAUGCAAGUUGUCAGAAGGGAACGUUUGGCCACAAAUGCCUUGGUCAGUGUCAGUGUCAGAACGAUGCAUACUGUAAUCCAGUCAACGGAUCAUGUGUCUGCACGAAUGGAUACAAUGGCACAAUCUGUGAUCAAACUUGUCCGUAUGGAACGUAUGGGUUCUACUGCAUUGGGUCGUGUGGAUGUCAGAAUAAUGGCACUUGCUCUCUCGUCGAUGCGUCGUGCUCUUGCUUGGAUGGGUGGCAUGGUACAUUUUGUGAAUUGAUGUGCGACAGUGGCUUCUACGGUCAUCGCUGCCGUCGAGAAUGUUUGUGUCUGAAUGGAGCCGCUUGUGAUCAUGUUAAUGUAUCGUGUACUUGUACUGAUGGAUGGGAUUUCAGUUUGGGGCUGACUGUCUACAGCUUUGUAAUUGCGAUAAUGCUGAGAGUUGCAGUAGCGUGGACGGCACAUGCCACUGUAAACCAGGCUGAAUCGGUUCUACCUGUUCUGAUCCGUGUCCAUCAGGACUAUGGGGUUAUGAAUGUAGUAACAUCUGUAGGUGCCACAAUGCAGGCACUUGUGACCACGAAAUUGGGGACUGCAACUGUACCGAAGGCUGGACCGGGAGUACAUGUUCACAACAUCUUGUUUGUUUUCUUUCCAUUGUGA